GUUUCUGCACUCCUUUUUGUUUGUUCCUUGGAAAUUUUCCCAUCUCUCUUCCCUCUUUUCCUUCACUACCGUUUCAACUCGAAACUCUUUCACAUCUUUCCAUCUUCCCUUGUGUAAUCAUGGAAGAUUACAGAUCUAAGUCAUAUGGGGAUGGGAGGAUGCAAAUGGAGAACUACUAUGGAGGCAGAUCCACUACUAAUGGUAUGCAAGAUCUUAGAUCUUACAGUACUUCUUAUGCCUCUUCUUCACAACAAACCCAGAUAGGCAAAGAGGUGAAGAUCAAGAAAGUCAAGAGUACUGUUGGGUCCUCAAUAGGUUGGAGCUUUAAUGAUCCUGAGUUGCAGAGGAAGAAGAGGGUUGCUAGCUACAAGGUCUAUUCUGUGGAGGGGAAAAUGAAGGGGUCCUUGAGGAAGAGCUUUAAGUGGCUCAAGGACAGAUACACCCAAGUUGUUUAUGGAUGGUGGUGAUUGUUGGUAUCUAGCUGUGUCUGUGUUUUUUUUUUAAUGCUUUUUUGGGUCGUGUAGCUUCUGUAUGCCUAAGAAUCUGAACCUGAAAAUCAUCAAAAUUCUAGAUUCAUUGGCCUUUCCAUUAAUUGUUGAUGUUUUUUUACUUCAUGAACUUUUUGGUUUGUAAAUUUGGUUACUAAAAUUUCUAUGAUUUAUGGUCAGGAAAUCUAUUAUUUAUUCCGAGUAUUACUC